AAACGCCAUUGCAGAACGCGGAACUACAACAAACGUUUGAGAAUUUUCGCGGGAAAAACUUAUUCCAACUUCGAAUUAAAAAAAGUGAACUCUCAGUUUCUCUCUGCGUUGUUUUUGGUGAACCAGUCCACAGUGAAGAUGAGAAGCAGCGUGAGCAGCGCCGCCAUGUUCGCCGCCGUCGCCCUGGCGCUGCUGUUGUCCGUCACCGCCAUACCCAUGAAAGCUUUUAACCCCCAGCAGGAGUCAGAAGACGAGCAGUCGGAGAACUCUCUGACGAGCCACGGCGGCGGCGGCGCGGAGGCGGACGAGGACCUGUUCUGGAGGAGCGUCGACGUGGCCGCGCUCAGGAAACUGCUGCUCAAGCUGGACGGAGACGAGCGGUUCAACAACAUCGGCGGUCGCGUGAGCCGGGCCUGGCCGCAGCCCGAGCCGCGCGGCUACAGCGGCCGCGGGCCCCGCGCGGAGGGCCGCGUGGCGCGCUCCUGGACCGACAAGAGACAGGUCCGCUUCCGGCAGUGCUACUUCAACCCCAUCUCGUGCUUCCGCAAGUGAACGCCCACCGGACCAGCCAGCCCCAACGAUCGCCACGUUCCACAUUCAAAACUUUAAAAUAAAACCAAACGGUCGGAUCUUGUUCGACAGUCUUUUGUUUUUUGCGGUAACAUUCCUCUCUGUAAAUAGUUUUUUUGAGUAUACGAUUGAUGUUUGAACAACUACUUAUAGUAUAUUUUAGUGUAUUAUGAGCACUUUGAUUCGAACGUGUCUUUGAAAAGAUUUGCAAUUCUUUAUUUGUUAUCUGCUGGGUUGAUGAGAUUUAAAAUUGCAAACCAAUAAAAAAAAGUUUUUCAAAAGUAACAUGCACACACAAUUUGGUUCUAUCAGACAGUUAUUCGCACAUAAGUACGUUUUAAUUAAGAUACUUGAAGUAUUAUCUUACUUCCCCCUUUUAGAUAAAUGUUAAGCAUACAUUUUAUAUUUACAAAAAUCAACUGUAUGUUACACUGUAGAUAAAUUUUACUUAAAUAUUUGGAACUCUAUCGAAAUGAUAUGCAUAGCUAGUUUGAGAAAUAAUUAAAUGUUUUGUCUAAAAGU